UGCCCCCAUGAGCGGCUAUCAUUACACCAGCCGAGCCAAAACAAGUCGGGAGGAGAAGGCAUGAAUACAAUGACCGCUGAAAUCAUAAAAGACAUCUCCCAGCCCGACUCACCUGUCUCCUCAGCACCAGAAAACGGACAGCUGUUGUUCAUCCGAAGCGUCGCGUCCAGGAGGGACACGCAGACCACCAGCGGCAGCGCCAACCUCGAGGAGGGCAGCUCCCAGCCCCUGGUCUCCUCCUCAGCCACAGCUCAGCCUCAGUCUUACACCAUGACAUCGGGCGAAUUCAUGCAGUCCACCCCGCUGUUCGUGCAGAGGUCUAGUAAGAACAUGUUUUAUAAGAUCCUGUGUUUCCUCGUGCUCGUUCUUCAAGGAGGCAUGCUGGAUUUCUACCUCAUCAUCUUAACGGAUCUCUACUGGUGCUCGUGGAUAGCCACGGAUUUGGUGGUUAUAUCCGGAUGGGCGAUCUUCUUCAUGAAAAACGCCAGGAGCAAGCGAGAACGAGCGUGUGGUUUCCACCAGAAGGGCUCCAUCUUCGGAUGCACUGGGGAGUUCACCUUCGCGUACCUGGCAUGGCUCAUCUACGUGAUCGCGUCCACCCCGAAAGUGGUGCUCGUCCUGGAAACGUCCAUCCUCGAUCUGAUCGCCCUCAAGGUGCCGUUUGGCAUCACCGGGUUUAAAAUAACCAUGCUGCUGUGCGCGCCUUUGCUUUACUGCCUCAUCAACUCCGUCAUCGAAGAUCCAAACGGCUCCACGCGCUUUCACUCCCAAGGCUGCUUCAUGAGCACCUGCUUAGACAUCCUAGACAGCUUCACGCUGGUGGAACUGCUCCUUAAAAACGAAAUCCCGAGCAUAUACCUUAGGUACACAGUUAUAUCGGUGUAUUUCAUCGCACUGGGCGUCCCGGUUGUUUGGCUUUACGAGUUGACGGCCUCAGAGAUGAACUGUCGCUGGGUAUGGGCGAGGUUCUUCACCGGCGUGCUGCUCAACGGUCCGCUCUUGGUGGUCAGAUGUUUCCUCGUCUUUGUUUACAAAACGCCCAUAUCGGUUUUCAUGUUCAAGAACAUCUUCUUCUUGGGGUGUAAGUGCCUGGAGCUGGUUGAACAGUGCACGUCUUUAAGAGGUGUCCGACGGUUUGCACGUGGACGCGGGGGAAACCCAUCCCAGUUCUCCCACUGCGUUUCCGAAAACGACAUGUGUCCUCACGGCUAUGUGAACACGCUGGCUGUCAAUACUCAGUCGUAGAUGCCCAUUAGGGACUGGGUUUGACCGGCCGGGAGCCACGUAGGCUACUACACAGUGUGCAUCAGCCCUUUUAAGGGAAGGUACUACAGAGGUGCUAACAUUCCUUGAUGAAGAUUAUACACACAAACCAAUUAACACAUGCAGAAAAUGUAUUGCUAUAGCAAUAUGCUAUAUAUUUUGAGGUACGGUCAGCUGCGAGGGUUAAAAUGGUCAAAACGUAUUUUAGAAUUAAAAAUCACAAGUUAAUAAGAAGUAUUUUGUUUAUAAGGUCUUAACAGAAACUCAGUAUGCACAUUAGGAACCAUGUAAUUUUCACAAGUGUGCACAAGUGAACUCCACAAAAAUGUGUUUUUGUGAUGAACUCACUGGUUGCUAGUUGUCAGACUAGUUUUGCUGUGUUUUUUUUUUUAUUUUAGUAAAUAAAAAAACAACAACAAAACGGGCAAUUACCAACAAUAAGCACAAUUAGGGUUCUGUACAAAACUUGAAAGAUUUGGUUUAUUAGGCAUUGGCCUGAAUCCAAAAUAUAAUUUGUGUCAGACAUGCCCAAUAAUUAGACAUUAUUUGCUUGGUAUAUGUGUUCUAAAAUCAGAAUAAUUCAAUGGCUAUGACAACAAUAGCCAGUAUUUGUCCAAUCGAACCUAAAUACACAUUUAUCCCUGUAGUACCUCUCCUUAUGAACACCCCGUCGUCCUCCUCUACUCUCAACUGGUGCUACAACCAAGCCACUCAAUGUGCCAAUGAAAAACUUUCCCUCCUGUGACCUCUGCAGUAUAUAUGGAAUGGGAUGUGACUGUCAGCCAGUGCUUAUAUAAUGAUACGAGAAUCUUUGAUUUGCACUUGUUUUGUGAGGCACUUUAAUUACGUGAGGAUUAUUCAACCGAGGAAAGGUUAUAAGUGCAAUGUUGUAUAAUUUAUUUUCUAUGUAAAAAAAUGUCCUUAACUGACACUAGGCUCAUGUAGACACAUUUAUAGUGCUUUCAGACACCUUGAGAUGUACCUGAAUGCACUC